AUGGAAUCGCUGACGGGCAAAACGUACAUUGUGACGGGAGCCGGAUCUGGCAUCGGACUGGAGACGGUUCGAAAGCUGGUGAAUGCCUCGGCCGUCGUCCAUGCGGUCGACUUGGUCGCCACCCCUCCUCCUGAUUACAAGGAAUGGGAGCAGAAGCAACAGCGAGGACAGGUGCACUUCUACGGGUCCGUCGACGUCAGCUCCCGCGUCGCCGUGACGAAGUUGUACGACGCCAUCCAGGCAAUCUCUCCACGCAUUGACGGACUGGUGAACAGCGCGGGCGUCUGUCCCGGCGGCGACGGCUACUUGCAGAGCGACGAGACCUACGACCUGACCAUGCGUGUCAACGUGACAGGGACAUGGAACGUCACGACGGCUCUCCUGGCCAUUGUGGACCGAGAGUCGCCCAACAGGGGCCGAGACGGUCCAGCCCCGGCCAACACGCGCGCCAGCAUCGUGAACCUGGGCUCCAGCGCGUCUUUGUGCCCUUGGCCCACGCUCGCCGCAUACACGGCCAGCAAGCACGCCGUGCUCGGGCUCACGCGGUCUUGGAGCCACGACUGGGCUCACAAGGGCGUGCGUGUCAACAUGGUCGCCCCGGGAGGCACGGACACGCCACUGGCGAGGGCACAGUUGGCCGACGGUGCAGGGAGGGGGGAAGCGCUCACGGCCGGGCUGGCUCUCAUCCCGCUCGGGAGACUGGGUCGUCCCGAAGAACAGGCCGACGCCAUCGUCUUCCUGCUGAGUGACGCGGCGUCGUACAUUACUGGCCAAGUUUUGCCCGUCAACGGUGGCUUUCCCUGA